AUGGCGGAAGACACCUCAAGGAAGAUGAGGAUGCCCCAGGACACCCAGGCAGAGAAGGAGCUGAGGAUCAAGAUCAGGGACGACAAAUCCCCACAGCAGAACUACAUGGAAGAGACCGGUGGACAGAGCUUCAGCCAGAAUUCGGAGCUGGUAGUCCAGGGGCAGCUUCAUGAUGGGCACAAGCUCCACAAGUGCUUCGAGUGUGGGAAGAGCUUCAGGCAGAGCAGCACUCUGAUCAGCCAGAGGAUCCACGCUGGGGAUUGGCCUUAUGAGUGUGGGGAAUGUGGGAAGGGCUUCAGCUCCAGCUCUGCCCUUGUCAUACAUCAACGCAUCCACACUGAGAAGGGGCCCUACGAGUGUCCCCAGUGUCAGAAGAGGUUUCAGAGCAGUUCCAGUCUUCUCCGGCACAAGUGGAUUCACACGGAUGAGAGGCCCUUGCACUGCCCUGAGUGCGGGAAGGGCUUCAAGCACAACUUCACCCUCAUCAGGCACCGGCGCAUCCACACUGGGGAGAGGGAGAGGCCCUACGAGUGUCCCCAGUGUGGGAAAAGCUUCACCCAGAUUUCUCUUCAUGAUGGGCACAAGCUCCACAAGUGCUUCGAGUGUGGGAAGAGCUUCAGGCAGAGCAGCACCCUGAUCAGCCACCAGAGGAUCCACGCUGGGGAUUGGCCUUAUGAGUGUGGGGAAUGUGGGAAGGGCUUCAGCUCCAGCUCUGCCCUUGUCAUACAUCAACGCAUCCACACUGGGAAGGGGCCCUACGAGUGUCCCCAGUGUCAGAAGAGGUUUCAGAGCAGCUCCAGUCUUCUCCGGCACAAGCGGAUUCACACGGAUGAGAGGCCCUUGCGCUGCCCUGAGUGCGGGAAGGGCUUCAAGCACAACUUCACCCUCAUCAGGCACCGGCGCAUCCACACUGGGGAGAGGGAGAGGCCCUACGAGUGUCCCCAGUGUGGACAGAGCUUCAGCCAGAGCUUGGAGCUGGUGGCUCAUGAGCAACUUCAUGAUGGGGAGAAGCCCUACAAGUGCUUGGAGUGUGGGAAGAGCUUCAGGCGGAGCUCCCACCUGAUCCGCCACCAGAUAAUCCACACAGGGGAAUGGCCCUACAAGUGUGGGGAGUGUGGGAAGGGCUUCAGCUGCAGCUCCGCCCUCGUCACCCACCAACGCAUCCACACUGGGGAGAGGCCCUACGAGUGUCCCCAGUGUGGGAAGAAGUUUCAGACCAGCUCCAAUCUCCUCCAGCACCAGCGGAUUCACACAGAGGAGAGGCCCUUCCGCUGCCCUGAGUGCGGGAAGGGCUUCAAGCACAACUUUACCCUCAUCAGGCACCGGCACAUCCACACUGGGGAGAGCCCCUACGAGUGUCCCCAGUGUGGGAAGAGCUUCUCAGACCGCUCGUUCUUUACCCAACACCAACGGAGUCACUGGUAA